AUUGCUGGCAACGGACGCGUCACGGCGAUGAUGGCCCCGCAGGAGCUGCCUUAUGAAACCAUUUCAGAGGGGAUAUGUGAGGCUCAGCACCUGCUAGAGUCAGGGAUCUAUAAAUGAGAAAUCCUGACUUUGUUUGAUGAUGGCUACUUUUUCUGAAUCUCUACUGUAAAUCACAUUUUGUACUCUUGAUAUCACUUGUUGCCGCCUUUGACUUCUCUUUCCCAGAACUCCAUCGCCAAAUUUUACCAAGAUGAGCGAAACCUCUCCCUCCUCCCCCGUCCUCGCCUCAACAGACACCAACCCGCCCAAAGGAGGACCUGGUCUCAACGCCUCCCUCUUCCUCGAACCUUCUCCCGCCUCUGCCCCUUCCGAAACCGAGGGCUGCCUUGCCGCCGACGAUGAUUUCGAUAGCGAUGAUGACAACGACAACAACAAGGUCACCAAAAGGUUCGGAAUCAGUGCCUCCCUGGUGAUGAUCACCCGCCUCAUCCUCUUCGUUCUCACCCUCGCCAACAUCAUCACCUGGGCCGUCGCCGGAAGACUUGGCAAUAACGGCUUUGUGGUGGUCAUCUUCGUUGAACUGAUCUUCAUGUUGAUCACGAACGGGUGCUUUAUCUUGAAGCUGGUGCGGGAGAACCGGCGCAGCAAUGUCCGUGGUCUUAACUUCAAGAUUCCUAGGAUCUCACUCGCGGUUGGAGACUGGUUCUGUGUCCUUGGCGGUAAGGACUUCUUGGGGCAGAAGUGGAUGGAUGGUGAUAAGAAGACGUGGAGAGUGAGACGCCUUCUUGUGAGGCUGUUUGGGGUGUUUAUCGAGUUGUAUUUUGGGAUAACGUUGAUCGUUUUUACGAAGUGCGCCUUCGACGAUGCUUGGUGGUACUACUUGAACAGCUGGCAAGCUCCUCUCAUCAUUGGAUAUGUUAUCGGAAGCUUCCAGCUUCUCGCCGUCAUCCUCGACCAGAUCAAGCCGCUUGGCCGGAGAACUACCAUCGAAAUCGCAUACCACAGUGAUGGACCUGUGCAAAAGGAUUAUUACAUUCAACUCCCCGUUGAGACCGAGGCCGAGGCAGGGAAUCCUCCGAUGUCCAUCGCCGCUUGAUUAUACGCCUCUAUACAUACGGUAAACAGGGACUUCUUCCACUGACUCGUCUGGGAUCUUGAAACUUUGCAACAGUGGUGAGGGAGCACAAGGUUGUGAGUUGGUAACUUUACGGACGAUGAACAGAAGCUAUUACACGGACGACAAUAUGCAAUGAAUAAAA